CUGCAGGAGCUAAAAUAAGCCUGGUUGUUUUUCAGUGUCCUGAUAUGAAAGUGCGUAACAACUAGCCUUCCUAUUGACUGUGUCAACUUGACUGCGUUAUGAAUGGAGGCGAAGUCGUGGUGGUUACAGGCUUCGGACCUUUUCGACAGUUCUUAGUGAACCCCAGUUGGAAAGCAGCCCAGGGCUUGAAGUUGGUCGGAUUUGGAGAGCGGACUGAUAUUUACAUCAGGGAGGUGCCAGUGAGUUAUGUUAAAACUCAGCAAGUCAUUGCUGAGAUUUGGCAAACUCUUCACCCGAAGUUUGCUGUACAUCUGGGCGUAGCCAGAGGUUCCAGUGUCGUCUUUUUGGAGCAAACAGGAAAGAACAGUGGAUACAGAGACAAAGAUGUGUGUGGCUUCUGUCCUGAAAGUCAGUGCUGUGUGGAAGGAGGACCAGAGAAACUGGACUCAGUCGUUAACAUGAGGGCUGUCGCGAAAGAGUUCAAACAAGCAGGGACGGGUGUCAUUUAUUCAAGAGAUGCUGGCAGGUACCUGUGUGAUUUUGCGUAUUACUUCUCGCUGUAUCACGGUCAGAGGAGAGCAGCCCUCAUCCAUGUACCGUCAUCUGGCAGCCUGACAUCAGCUGACAGACUGGUACCUCUGCUGCAGAGCCUCAUUCAAACCAUGCUGGACCAGCUGGAGGACCCUUCCGAAACCGCUUGAGGAGAUGAUGAAAGAGGACUUCUCCAAGCCAGCUGUCACAGCGAGGUAGAUCUUCUAAUGAAGACAUUUCACAAGACACAAAGAGAUCACUGGUGACGCCGUGGAUUAGAAAGUGUGGCCUCGGAGGGAAUUAAAUAGAGAAAACAGUAGAAGUUCUCAUUCAUUUAUUAUUCAAAAUUUCAGGAAAAAGAAAAUACAAGAAAUGUUCAGAUACACAUUUGGAGAUGGCAUGUCAAAAAUACACCAUCUCAGUUAUAGGUGUGAAAAAACUUUGAGGCCUCAGAUACAGAGCUUGAAAGAAAAAAAAAAACAGUCUAGUGAAGGUUUUUGAUUAUUUCUUUCCACCAAUCAGGUAAUGAACAGAGAUUUUGUGAAAGUAUUCUUAUAAAACAACAGCAGUAAACCAAGGCCCCCUCAGAAGGUAAUAGGAAUGCAAAUCAUAAAAACAGAGGCAUGAUAAUGAUAAACCUCAAACUUAUUAUUGCAGUUUGAAUGCACUGACGCAUCCUCCAUAAACCUGAGGUUUGCAUGAAGAACAUUCAGAAGAAAGAAAAUGAUAAAGAUGACUAAGUUGAAUGUUUUUUUUUUUUUAGUUAGUUACUGUAUGUUUACGCUGAAAUCUGGUUAUGGAAAAAAGCAACUAGUGUGAAGCUGUAAACGUCGGCCUAUGAUCUUUUCUAAUCAUGUCGUUUACUCUUUACCAUGACUACCCGUAAUCUACGCAAUAUCCCUGUCCUAUACAUGUCCACGUGUUUAUUUAAAUGUUGUAGUUGUGACAGGUUCGUGAUCUAAUGGUAACUAGUAAUUCACCUCACGACAGGUCAAUGUAAUGUCUACUCCCAAAACUGAAAAGUUUGUAUCUUAUUAUUACAUGCAUCCAAACAGAAAAAAACAAAACAUAAAUGCACAGAUAUGUAAAGUAACUACACAAGCUGUUUGCUUGUCAGUGGUGAUUUCUGUACCGAUGUGACAUUCAGCAGCAAUCAGACUGUUUUUCAACCAAAAAACAAUCGUUCACUCUUUGAUUCGCUUAUAUUCUGCACAGAGAAAAUGUUUAAGAUGAAAAUUGAGCACCCGGAUUUCACAUUAGAAGUUACCCAGUGGCCUAUUCAUAAUCCCAUUUAUUUCUUAUUGCUUUUGGGUAUUAAUUUCAAAAUGAAUUUUCAAAUAGUUGUACGCAUCCAGCUCAGAAGCCCUUGCACUGAGACAGCACUCUCCAAGUAGCCGCUGUGAGUAGAAGAACGGAAGUUUUUCUGAGAAGAUCCACUGAGGUGACGGUUUUAACCAGCAGCAUUAGUGUAUGUAGCAGUACAAAUAGGCCAGAAAAAGUCGUGCUGAGUUUACUUCCAAAUGAUCGAAAAGACAGAAAAAGGUGAAAAUUAGCUAUCACUAGGGCUAGAACGUCAUGGCAUUCAGCAGGUAGAUUUGGACAGAGGAAGUGAUGGCGUUCACGUAAACACUCAGUUUACGGGGUAAAAAAAAAAAAAAAAA